AUGGGCUCCGGUGAUCAGAAAGCUCAGCAUUCUCACAGGCACUCAGCAGGCGGCUCGCACCGUCGCCGAUCCGAAUCUCUGAAGCAAGGCCGAAGCCGACAGACUUCCGUCGUCUCCAAGCCCUCCGUCCCCUCCUUGCGUUCGGCCUACUCGAGCACGACCGUUUCGACGUCAUCCGCCCAUCGCAACAGCGCCUCGACACGCAACGACCCCGACUCCCCAGAGUCGCAGGCCUCGAUCGACUCCAUCGUAGACGACCCCUUCUUCCAGCAGUACCACGCUGCUGACAAGUCGGUCGCCGCCGGCGAAACGGCCACCGAGUCCCAGUCCACCUUCCUCCGCCAUGAGAGCCCGCCCCCUGAACGACAACCAAAGUCAGUACCACGGAAAGAGUCGCUGACCGUAUCCGAUCUGGGUCCUCUCCCCCGUAUGCGCGACACCAUGGAGAGCAUCAACAUUGCAGUGAUAGGGGCCAAUGGCGUGGGCAAGUCCCAUUUCGUACAGAGAGCCAUGUCGCUCUCUCGGACGCCAGGGAUCCAGCCGUCCACAGCACGUAUUCAUUUCGACAGUGUGCCUUAUGCCGUCACGCUGUUCGAGUUGGACCUGGAGUAUUUCGACGUGGAUCCCGAACGCCAAAUACAAUGGCCGAGGCAGAUUGGCGGCGCUCUGAUGCCCGCUAUACAUGGAGUUCUGCUUCUCUACGAUGUGAUGAACCGGGAUAGUAUCAUUGAACUACCGCAGACACUGAACGAAGCUGGAGAAACAACUGGCAUGAGGCGCCGGGCAGCAUCAGCAGCGCACCUGGACAAACCCUUUGAUCCCACAGGCGGACGACCCUUGAGCCAACACAGCAAGCAUAGCCGCGCCAGUUCAGACAUGUCACUUAUUCGGGGUAUGAUGACCCAACCAGGCAAGGCCCAUGGAUCUCCAUCUAGAUCACCGCGUAUUAACUAUCUAGGAGGGUUGGGAAGCAUUGCGCAUAAUGCAGGUGACGAGAUGAGUGUUUCCAGCAUGCUACGCACCCCCGGCAUUCGCCUUGAUCAGUCCAACACAGCGUCCUUCCUGGACAUCGAUGAGUCUGAUGGAGAGUCCCGUCGGUAUUCGGAUGACAUACCCAUCCUGCAGAGGAACGAUGACAUGAGCUUUGACCGACCAGCAAAGAAGGCGGGCGUGACGUUUGACGAGCUCGUCGACCGCUUGCUGGCUGCAAAAUUCAGCAAAGCAGAUGCCAACUUUUCAGACGUGUUCCUCUGUCUGUACCGCAAAUUCGCAGCACCUGCCGAACUUUUCUCGGCCAUCUUGGCGCGGCUGGACCGCAUCAAGGACGACAAAACAGUACACUACCUGACGAAGACGUCGACACAACUGCGUGUUAUCGAGGCUGUGGCGAAGUGGGUGUCAUCUUAUCCCACCGACUUCGCAAGGCCAGCGACACGGCGACACCUCGAAGAAUUCAUCCGGCACUUGGCAACGGAACCAAUAUUCGCCGCCGCAGCGCAAGAAAUGAGGCGCAUGAUGGAUCUCUGCGUGUUCGAAGAUGAUGAUGCAGGAUGGGCCAAGGCCGAUGAGAUGGAGGCACCUAGCCAUCCUGCCUCACUCAAAGCUGCGGCAAGUAAUAACGACCUCCACGAAAGCAUGAGUUCUCUUAGCGUGGGUGAGCCGGUUGAUAGGCGUCCGUCAGCCAGCUCGUCUCUGAACACGUCCCUGAACACGGAAUCGACCACCUCCCAGAGGUUUCACCAAUUCCAGUUCCACUCAUAUGACGACUAUGAACGAGAGGCUGUGACAAUGGUACCUUCGUACACCAUGCCGCUUACAAAGUUUCGAUACCAUAUCUUCAUGGAUACCUCAGAUGACGAUAUCGCGGAUGAGUUGACGAGGAUUGACUGGGUCAUGUUCUCUUCCAUUCGAAUCAGAGAUCUCGUCAGGGCUGUCAGCCUUAAUGCCCAGCAGAAGGAGAACUCUCAGAGUAUGAAGAAUGUCAACCGAAUGGUCAAUCACUUCAACCACAUCGCCAAGUGGGUAGCAAAUAUGGUGCUGAUGAGAGACAAGGCGAAACACCGCGCCCAGAUGCUUGAGAAGUUUAUGAACAUCGCCUUGAAGCUUCGUCAGCUGAAUAACUACAACGGCCUGGCAGCUAUUCUUGCUGGAAUCAACGGAACUGCCAUUCACCGCCUCAAUCAGACGCGAUGUCUCGUGUCAGCUGACGUACAGAAAAGGUUUGCCAGGCUCGUUCUCCUCAUGGGCACUCAGAAGAGCCAUUUUGCCUACCGCCUGGCGUGGGAGAACUCACCGCUUCCUCGCAUCCCCUUCAUGCCGUUGCACCGCAGAGAUCUUGUGUCUGCAGAGGAAGGCAGCAUGACUUUCGUUGGACCCGAAGGUGACCGGAUCAAUUGGAAAAAAUUCGAGGUCCUCGGGGAGAUCAUCCUGCCCAUUAUCAAGAGCCAGGGCACUCCAUAUCCGAACCUGACAAAGCACGACACGGCACGAGAACUUAUUCUGGACUGUCUCAUGCCAACAGAUGAAGAGGAUAUAUACCAGCGCAGUAUUCAGGUUGAAACACCCACUGGCGGCUACGCCGGCGAUGGAAAGAAGAAGUUCCCCUGGUUCGCAAAGCAAUGA